AUAAAUUUUUUUAUAUAAAUACAUAUACAUACUUGAAUUAGAAGUUAGUUAGUUACAAGUUCUUAAUGCAAAACUUUCCAGUAAAUCUUCUGAAGAGCUCUAAAAGCAUUAAAGUAUAUCUAAUAUACUUAGUCUUAGUGCAAAUUUUGAAGCGUAUACACCAUUAUGAAGGUCUUGGGUUUCAUAUUUUUUCUGACUAUGAAUAUAUUCGAGACUACGAGUGGAAAAAGUGCCUGCGACGGAUACAUUAAACCUAGAUAUCUUUACUGUGGAAUUUCUGCUGAUUGUUACUACCAAGGCUUAAGUCUCUUGCACGUUGGACAAGAGCAGUGUAAGCUUACUGAACUAGGAAAACCUGGAUUUCUUAGAUUCCGCGCCGGAAGGUGUCCCAGGGAUAAGCCCAAAUGCAGGAAAACUAGAUGAAGGAAAAAGUGGAAGCAUUUUCACUUCACUUCCAAUAAGGAUUUUAUUCUGCAUUAACAACUUCGUUUAGUAUAAGAACUUCUAUGGAAUUAUUUAUGUUUCUUUAAGAGUUUAGAUCCGCUGUCUUUUCUUUUUCACGUAAUAUAACUUUUGGUGGCCUUGACAUUUGUUGAAAGACGUCAUGCCGGCUACUUUUAUCGCUGUAAA